AUGAAGUACGUUAUUGAACACAUGGAAGCUGGUUUCACAGACUGGGUUAUUUUAGAAUAUUCAACCAUCAUUAAAGAAUUAGGUAAAGAAAAUUUAAUCUUAACUUCAUUACCAUCAGGAACUACAGAUGCUGAUAUUCCACAACAAUUAAAAGAUCUUGGAUUACAAUGGACUACAAAAGAAGUUACUGACAUUGGUACUGAAUCAUUACCUAUUGUUAAAGAAAGAGUUUGUUUAUUAGAUCCAUCUGCUGAAACUGAUUUAGUUGUUGAAGAUUCUAAUAAAUUUGAUUAUUUUGUAUUUGGUGGUAUCUUAGGUGAUCAUCCACCAAGAGAUAGAACUGGUGAAUUAAGAAAAAAAUAUGGUUUCGUUGGUAGAAGAUUAGGUUAUAAACAAAUGACAACAGAUACUGCUAUAAGAACUACACAAUUAAUUAUACAGAAUAAAACACCAUUUGAAGAAAUUAAAUUUAUUGAUUAUCCAGAAUUUAGAUUUAAUAAAAUGGAAGCAACUGAAAUGCCAUUCCGUUAUGUUUUAAAUAAAGAUGGGAAACCAAUCUUACCAGAUGGUAUGUUAGAUUUGAUUAAAAAAGAUUCAGAACAAUCUUUAGAUGAUCUUCUAUAG